AUGGGGUCACAGGAGGAGCAGAGACGGAAAGAGGAAGAAGAGAAAGCUGCAGCGCAGGAGAAGGAGAGGCAAGCCAUUGAGGAAGGGGAGAGAACCCGACGAGAGGAAAAGGAGAGGCAAAGACGCAUGGAAUCUGCCUUCUGGGAAUCUCUGAGCCUGGAGGAGAAAGAUCGACUGAUGACCAUGCUACAGGGCAUCGUUCUGUUCCGGGAUCAGCUCCAGCGAAUCCGCUCGGAAGAGCAAGAGUUGCAUAGCUACAUCGAGGGCAAGGCGCUGGACGGAUGGUGA